CGUGUGUUUGUGUGAGUUGUGGGCAUUAAUUAAAUAACCAUGGUAAUUGAGAGUGAGUGAUAUAGAGAUUGAAGAGAGCAUGCAUUUGCAUUGUGAAUUAAAAGGAGCACAUGGGAUUCAACCUUCUCUGCUGAUUCCAUCUCAAUCCAAGCGCAAGCUGAAGACGUGUUGUCAUCUCAUUGGUUUGAAUAGCGGUAGUGCUCAGCUUGCUUUCUUACAUUUGCAUCCCAUCAUCAUCACCCUCAGAUCUGAAGCUUUAAUUUCACUCCCAUCACCAUGGCUGAGAAGGUGACUGUAAUGAAGCUCAAGGUUGACCUUGAAUGCCACAAAUGUUAUAAGAAGGUCAAGAAGGUUCUCGCUAAGUUUCCUCAAAUUCGAGACGAGAAAUUCGACGAGAAGCAAAAUGUCGUGACCAUCACGGUGGUGUGCUGCAGUCCCGAGAAGAUCCGGGACAAGCUUUGCUACAAAGGCGGAGGCUCCAUCAAAAGCAUUGAAAUCGUCGACCCGCCCAAGCCCGAAAAGAAGAAGGAUGCUGAUGACAAGCCCAAAGCCCCCGCACCUGACCCUCCAAAGAAGAAAGAUGCUGCUGCCGACAAACCAAAACCCAAGCCCGAAGCUGAGCCCGAGAAGAAGAAGGAUGCCGGGGACAAGGCGGAGAAGCCUAAAGAUGCUGCUCCCAAGGAAAAGGCUGAUAAGCCCAAGGGUGACUCCGAGAAGCCUAAGGGUGACCCCGAGAAGCCCAAAGACAAGCCCGCAGAGGCAAAACCCGCACCUCCUCCCGUUAAGAUUGCGGAUCCCGUGGCGGCGUACCCUCCCGCGCCACAACCGAUGAUGGUUCCAGUGGGUAUAUGCGUGACGGGCUAUGAAGGUGGGCCUGGGCCGUGCGUGAAUGGUUAUGCUGGGCCCGUGAUGUGCUACGAUGGGUACUAUGCAAGGCCCGUUUACGAUAGUUACGGUGGAGGGAGACCGUAUUAUGUGAACCGUUGUGAUCAAUAUUUCAGCGAUGAAAACCAGGCGGGCUGCACCGUCAUGUGAUGUGAUGUCAUCACAUCUCAAUCAUGUUUAUUAUUGUUCAAUCAAUCUUUUUCUUAUUUGUUAUCUAAAUGUGCCAGCGUCUCAUUAUCAUAGGAAAGAAACAACUGGGGGAAAUAAAGAUGAACACAAUAUGUUUUUCUUUUUUCUUUUUAUUUUUUUGGUUUUGCAAUUUGUAAUUUUAUAUAUAUAAUAAACUCAUGGAAUUCACCAAGU